AUGGAACAACUACUCUCUCUCGCCUUCGACAACCUAUCUUCCUACGACGGUCCCAAGAUCCGCAAGGGUCUCCGCCAAGUCGAAGGUCUUCUCGCCAACAUCUGUCUGUCACGGGCGCAGAGCAGCCGAGACCGGCGGGCCUCGAUAAUCUCCACCCGAGACACCGCGGAGGAGGAAACAGCCUCAUCCAAGAACCUCGAGCAGAUCUCAGAAGACCCUGCCUUCUGCGAGUUCUUCAAGCUGCAGGAGGGGUUCGAGUGGAAUGUCGCGUUGCGCUUGGUCCAGACGCUGGACCGCCUGCUCGCUAGAGGCGCGGACGGAUCCAACGACCUGCUGAUCAUGAGCGCGUUGGAGUUGGUCCAGGGCGUCAUGCUGCUGCACCCGCCCAGCAAGGCCUUGUUCUCGCGCGAGGUGUACAUGAAUUUACUCCUUGACCUCCUCGAACCCGACUUUUGCCCCGCGAUCCAAUCCUCGACCGUCGUAACCCUGGUCACCGCACUCAUCGACACGCCGCGCAACACCCGAACCUUCGAAGCCCUCGACGGCCUUUUGACCAUAACCUCGCUCUUCCGCAACCGAUGCACAGCGCGCGACGUCAAGCUAAAGCUAAUCGAGUUCCUAUACUUCUACCUAAUGCCCGAAACACCCUCGAUCCCCGCCGCGCAGCCCAACCCCCAGCUCCCCGGCCUACUCCAGCGCAGCCCUAGUAAGCUAGCCAAGGCAUUCGUCGGUGGUGGCCACGGCAGGGCCGGAAGUGACGGCAAUGGACGUCCGCGCUCCGCCGGCGACGGCGAGACCCGUACCCAGGAAGAGAAGCAGGCCCUGCUCGGCCGCCAUCUAAGCAGCGUCGCCGAACUCGUCGAGGAUCUGAAGCAAAACACACCUUUCGGGGGCGUGGUAGGCUAG